UCCAUUGAUUGACUGCUUACGCAUACCUACACACAUCCACAUCCACACACACGCAGAAAUACAAGGCACAUUGCAAUAUAAAUUGCAUCACACAGAACGGAACGAAGCCAUUGCAACUAAAUACGGAAUUAGGGAAUUCGAAACUUACUUUCUUCCAGUGAAAAUAUAACAACAACCAUUUGUUUUGCAACGAAAUGAAAUUCAAAUUUCUUUCGCGCACUUUUCCGCUACGCGACUAUUAUUUCUAUGUACCACAGCUUUGUUUGGGUUCAAUGGGCUUUUGGCCGAUGGACACGUGUCGGCAGCAGGCAGCCAAUGUCGGCGCUUGGAUGAAUCUCAUCAUUUUGGCCAUUGGAGUUUUCACCGAGAUCCACGCUGGCUGCACUGUGCUGCGUACGGACUUGGAGCUUGCUUUGGACACACUCUGCCCGGCUGGCACCUCGGCCGUGACUCUGCUAAAAAUGACUUUGAUAUAUUACUAUCGUCAGGAUCUGGCCUGGGUGUUAGAGCGGAUGAGGAGUUUGGUGUAUGAACGCGAUGUGUCAAUAAAUCCCAUUAAGAAGCGCAUCAUACGCGCACAUGCCGUUAUGGCGGCAAGGCUCAACUUCAUUCCGUUUGUUAUGGGUUUCAUUACGUGCACCUCGUACAACCUCAAGCCACUGCUAAUCACAUUGAUACUCUAUAUGCAAGGACAACAGCCGAUGUGGAAAUUGCCUUUCAAUAUGACCAUGCCAGCUUUCUUGUUGCGCGCUCCCUAUUUCCCGUUCACCUACAUUUUCACCGCCUACACGGGUUACAUAACGAUUUUCAUGUAUGGCGGCUGCGAUGCAUUUUACUUUGAAUUUUGCUCGAAUGCUGCGGCGCUACUGAAGCUGUUGCAAGAAGAUUUGAAAUCGAUCGUCAGUUUUGAAGAACAACUGGUUUUCACAGCGCAGGAGUCUACUUUGCUCGAGUGGCGUUUGGUGCGCUUCAUAAUGCGGCAUAAUGAUAUUAUAGAGCUCACACGCUUUUUCUGUAAACGCUACACUAUCAUCACGCUGGCGCAUUUUGUCUCUGCUGGGCUGGUAAUUGGGGCGAGUAUAUUUGAUCUCAUGACGUUUACCGGCUUUGGCAUUGUCAUCUAUAUUGCCUAUACAAUUGCCGUAUUGGGACAGCUUUUCAUUUAUUGCUAUGGCGGAAGCUUGGUGGCGGAGAGUAGCGUUCAAUUGGCCACCGUCGCAUUCGGCUGUGAUUGGUAUGCGUGCAAUCCCAAACUGCGUCGCUAUGUGCUAAUGAUCAUCAUACGUUCACAACGAGCCAUCAGCAUGUCAGUGCCAUUCUUCUCGCCAUCACUAAUCACCUUCACGUCGAUACUACAGACAUCCGGUUCGAUUAUAGCUUUGGCCUCUUCGUUCAAAUAAGGGAAAAUAAUUAAACAAUAACUAAAAGCAAUAAUCACAUGUUCUUAGUGCGUGCAACUGUUGCUUAAAUUGUUUCGCAUUAAUUUCUGCGGCAUUGCAGCCGCCCAACUGGAUGAACAAGCUAAAAGUUACGUAUACGCCACGGCAUUUUAUUAUUAUUUUUUCCACGUCAUAGAAAACUGUAGAAACUGAUUGCACAUACAUUUGUGUAGUGAAACCGAAUAAUUUGCCAUAAUUAGUGGACAGAGAUUAAACAUUUUCAACCGUGAUUAACUCUAAUUGACAUUAUGCGAUAUUAUAAAAAAAUAUGCCCUCUUUGGCUAUUAAACAUUGCUAAGUACUUGUUACAAAUCCUGAAAUAUUACACAAUAAUAGCUGGAAAUAUAUUUACUUGUUUUUUGCUUUUUAAUGUUAAAUUUUUUCGUUUUUUGUUGCCUACCUUUAAUAAUACUCCCAUUUAGUACUAUAACUAACUUUUAUG